AGCGGGGCAGCGGGCGCGGCGGGCGGAGGCGGCCCGGGGCUGAGCCCGGUAAGGAGCGGCACCGGGGGGAGCACCGGCACCGGGGGGAGCACCGGCACCGGGGGGAGCACCGGCACCGCCCAUCGCCACCCGUUCGGGACGCGGCAGGCCCCGUGCCCCGUCCCGUUUGGGUCCCCGGCCGCCGGGCACCGCGCUGCCCCCGCCCCACCGCAGGACUCGUCCUGCCCGGAGCUGUUCGAGCCUCGCCGCUGACCCCCCCGCCCCCGGUUAUCCCUCGCGGAGCAGCCUCCCCACCAUGUCCGUGAGCAGCCACGAGAACCGGAAAUCCCGCUCGAGCUCCGGCUCCAUGAACAUCCAGCUCUUCCACAAGCCGGGCCACGCCGACAGCCUCCUCACCCACCUGAACCUGCUCCGCAAGCGGCACCUCUUCACCGACGUGGUGCUGCGCGCCGGGAACCAGGCCUUCCACUGCCACCGCGCCGUGCUGGCCUCCUGCAGCCGCUACUUCGACGCGAUGUUCAGCGGGGGCCUGAAGGAGAGCAGAGACGCCGAAGUCAACUUCCACGACUCCCUCCAUCCCGAGGUGCUGGAGCUGCUGCUGGACUACGCCUACUCGGCCCGCGUGCUGAUCAACGAGGAGAACGCCGAGUCCCUGCUGGAGGCUGGGGACAUGUUGCAGUUCCAGGAUAUUCGGGAUGCUUCGGCCGACUUCCUGGAGAAGAACCUCUACCCGGGGAACUGCCUGAACAUGCUGCUGCUGUCCGAUGCCCACUGCUGCGAGCGGCUGCUGGAGCUGUCCUGGAGGAUGGCGUUGGCCAACUUCACCUCGCUCUGCAAGACCGAAGACUUCCUCCGCCUGCCCAAAGACAAGCUGCUCGAGCUGGUGGAGAGCGAAGAGCUGGAGGUAGAGGACGAGACCCUGGUGUACGAAGCUGUUAUAGGCUGGAUCCGGUACGAUUUACCCCGACGCCACGAAGUUCUGCCGGAGCUGCUGCGCUCCGUCCGCCUGGCCCUUCUCCCCGAGUCCUACCUGCGGAAGCAGGUGGCCUGCGAGAAGCUGGUGACCAGCCACAAGCUGGGGGAGGAGAUCGUGGCCGACGCGGUACGAUGCAAAAUGAAGAUCCUGCAGAACGAUGGCCUUGUGACGGGGUGCUGUGCCCGGCCCCGCAAGGUCAGCCAGGCCCUGCUGCUGCUCGGUGGCCAGACCUUCAUGUGCGACAAGAUUUACAUGCUGGAUCAUAAAACUCGUGAGAUCAUUCCCCGUGCUGACAUCCCAAGCCCUCGCAAGGAGUGCAGUGCCUGCGCCAUCGGGUGCAAAGUGUACAUCACGGGCGGCAAAGGCUCCGAGAACGGAGCCUCCAAGGAUGUCUGGGUUUAUGACACCCUCCAUGACGAGUGGGCGAAAGCUGCACCCAUGCUGGUGGCGCGGUUUGGCCACGGCUCUGCUGAGCUGGACAACUGUCUGUACGUGGUGGGGGGUCACACAGCAGGGAGCGGCGCCUUCCCGGCCUCUCCCUCCGUCUCCCUCAAGCAAGUGGAACACUACGACCCCCAGCUGGACAAAUGGUCCUUGGUGGCCCCUCUCCGAGAAGGCGUAAGCAACGCCGCCGUGGUGGGGGCCAAGAUGAAGCUGUUUGUUUUCGGUGGCACCAGCGCAAACCAGGAGAAGCUGCCCAAGGUGCAGUGCUUUGACCCCUGCCAGAACCGCUGGACUGUGCCUGCCAGCUGCCCCCAGCCCUGGCGGUACACGGCCGCAGCGGUGGUGGGCAGCCACAUCAUCGUGAUCGGGGGGGACACGGAGUUCUCUGCCAGCUCCGCUUACCGCUUCCACAGUGACACCUACCAGUGGUCCAAGUUUGGGGACGUGACCGCUAAGCGCAUCAGCUGCCGUGCUGUGACAUCGGGUAACAGACUGUACGUGGUGGGGGGCUACUGUGGGGCUCAGCGCUGCAAGACGCUGGACUGUUACGACCCGUCAUCCGACACCUGGAGCAGCGUCACGACAGUGCCUUACUCCCUGAUCCCCACCGCCUUCGUCAGCACCUGGAAGUACCUCUCUGCCUGAGCUGCGGUGCUGCGAAGAAUCUGGAAGGCUUCACAUCCGAUUUUGCCAGUUGUACCUCAUCAAGGACCCAGACAGAAGACAUGGGCAGUAGGAGUGCCUCCCUGCUACCCAGCAAGUCUGAACUGUCCUGGAUGCCAGCCCUUGUACAGAUCUCAUGAGCAGCAGCAGGGCUCAAGGCAACGCGGCUUUGGCUCUGAACCACUUUUGUAAAUCCCCUUCAUUCAGAACAGGGAGGGGACAAGCAUAGAGGGGCCCCUGUGGACUGGCAGCUUGCGCUGUCCCUUGAGACGGCACGAGGUUUCCAAGCUUUCUGCUCAUUCAUGUGAUGAUCUCAGACCGGGAGCCAGAGGAUUGUUUUCUACUUUCUUUUAAUAUUUUAAGUGAUAUUUUUACUGGAAGGGACAAAGGAAGCUCUUAAGUAACUGGCAGCAGGCUCUGGGCUGUACUGCUGUCUGAUAGCUGUGACUUGGAAUGCAGUCAGCACCAGAGGCAGUUGCCUGAAAUGUCUUAACAUGUGACAGUACUUUGCCCAUGGGCUGGUUCUGUACUCUUUUUUAUACAGCAGUUGUGUGUGUUUAUUACUUAGACUGGACCUACUUCAAUAAACCUGAAUAAAAU